AUGGACGAAGCAGUUUGCCCUUUCCAGUUGCCGUGCACCGUCCUCCCAAAAGACCCCGCGAUGUGCUCCCUCUGUUCCCGCCGUCGCCAUCGCCAUCGCCGCCGACUCCGACGCGGCGGCGAUGUGCGGCCGUCCGCGGAUUGGGCGGAUCUCCCUAUUGACGCGCUUCUGUCCGUGCUCCACAAGCUGGAUCCCAUGGAGCUCAUGAUGGGCGGCGCGGGACGGGUGUGCCGCUCCUGGCGCCGCGCCGUGCGCGAUGAGCCCGAGCUCUGGCGCCGCAUCGACACGCGCUUCCGAAAAGGUCACCGCUGCCAGAUUGACGAAGACACGGCGAAAGAGGCCGUCCGGCGGGGGUCGAGGCGGUGCGAAGCCUUCUGCGGCGAAGACGCUACCGACCACUUCCUCCUAUUCCUCGCCGAGCAUGCACCAACUCUAAAGAGCCUUCGCCUCAUAUUUUCUGACCGCAUCAGUAAUGAAGGAUUGCUGAAGGCAAUCAACAAGUUUCCUGUGCUUGAGGAGCUUGAGCUUUCACUCUGUAAACAUGUUUUCGGGAAGGUCUACAAGUUUAUUGGCAUAGCUUGCCCACAUCUCAAAUCUUUCAGACUCAGCUGUCUGCACUCCUAUAGAAGUGAAGCUGCCAAGUACAAUAAGGACGAGGAAGCUAUUGCAAUUUCAACAAUGUCUGCGCUACACUCCCUUCAACUCUUGGGCAGCGAACUCACCAACAAAGGAUUGACAGCAAUCCUUGACAACUGCACUCGCCUGGAGUACUUGGACAUUCGCCAUUGUUUCAAUAUCUGCUUCAAUACCGCCCUGCGUGCAAAGUGCGCUAGAAUAAAGACGGUGAAGCUUCCUCACGACUCAACUGCCGACUACGAUCUCGAAAUCGGAAUACCAAUUCUAAGGCGCUCAAAAACAAUUUGUCGAGAUUAUGCAUUAUGGAAAUUCGGUACUUGAAGGAUUUCAAGUACCAUGACAGCUUUCUUGUUGAGGUAGCAAGAGUAUAGUUUUUUUUUUCUGGAGUCUAAAAUCAAAUGUUCGCUAUCUGCUUUCCAUAAUCAUUGUGAAUUCUGAUCACUAUGAUAAUCAAUGUGAUGCUUAUCAUCA